UUGUUAACCCUACGUGUUUAUUAUGCUUAGCUUGUCAAUGAAUAAUCACAAUAAUGUCACUUUAGUUUAUUCUACUUUUAGCCUGUUAAUUACAAAAUUUGCUCUCUGCAUUCUUAGGCUUUUACUAUCAUUUGAUUCUUGCUUGCUUCAUGAAAGAGAAGUACUUUUGCAUGAUCUUGAGGAUCAAAAUUGAUUGCAAUGGUUGCUAUAGGAAAGUCAAAGAAGCACUUCUUAAUAUUCGUGAACUAGAAUCUCAUAUCAUAGAGAAAAGAUCGAGUAGGGUGAUUGUAUUCGGAAUAUUUACCCCUCAAGAUGUUGCAAUCAAGAUCAGAAAGAAAACAAAUCGAAGGGUGGAAAUAUUGGAAAUUCAGCAGCUUAGCCCCAACUAUCCAGAAAAUUAUCAAGAUCAAGGAUAUCUGAUGAUAGCUACCAAUGAUAAAUAGAACCAGAUUCAUAGAUACGAAUUUACAGUAUGGUAAUGGCACCUCUGCCUCAGGUUUAGGAAAUUUAAGAUUGUAUGGUAUGUAAUUUUGAAGACAAUGUUAGCCACAAGCCCACAUUGUUCACUCUAUAUUCAUGAAAGUGGCAAAUUUCCCCAUGAGGUUUUCAUUUGUUUUCUAUAA